AUUCAUCAAAAUCCUUUUUUCUCCAAAUGGCCAAAAAAUAUAAUUGUUAUUCUUUUUGAACUAAUUUUUUCCUUUUAAUUGUGAAAUAUUGCAGACAUAGAGGAAAUACUAUAACCAACACCCGUGGACCUACCACUUAGAAUUAAUAGAUAUUAACACUUUGCCCUAUUUGCUUUGAGUUUUAUUCCCUUGUUUAGGGACUAAAGCUAAAAAGCCUCACCCUGUUCUCACUCCUUCCUCCUUCAUCUGUCCUGAAGUUGCUGAGUAUUAGUCCCUGUGAGACUUUAUACUUUUCCUGAAUAUAUAUGUGUGUCCAUAGUGCACGUUCUUGUUCACGCUGUUUGUAUCUUUUGGACCUAGUAUUUCUUCUCGUUAUGUUUGGGAGAUUUUUCUGUGUUGAAGUAUAUAAAGCUCAUUCGUUCUUUUAAUUUUUUCCGUUGCAAAUCGUGAGAUUGAUUAGUAGCGAAAUAUUUCAGAAGCGUUGGUAAGUUGGCAAAAGCAUGCCUGGGGAUGUAAGACACUGCUAGGGAAGCAAACGAGUAAUUUCACCAUUUUUGCUUUGUUUUGUUUUAACUACUGUGCUCGGCAAGCAUAGCUUCAUUUCUAGGUUGUGACAAAAUCCUCCUCGAUUUCAGGCUGAGAUUCCCUUUUGAGCCUUUGCCUUUAAGAAACUGUCUGGAUUUACGGAGGUCAUUGACAGAUGGAUUCAAAUUUUGGUUUUUAAACAAAAAGGAAUGUGAGGAAUUCCCUGACCGUCCAUUGGUUUAGACUCCACGCUUCCACUGCAGGUGGCGUGGGUUCAAUCCCUGGUUGGGGAACCAAGAGCUCGCAGGCCCCGCAGCGCAGCCAAAAUAUAUAUAUAUACAUUUUAAAAAAUUUAAAAAAAGAAAGGAAUGUGCUGUCAUCCUGUCUUUGAGUCCCUUUAACACAGGCCAUAGUCGUGCCCGUCCCCCUCCCAUUUUGAGUGGGGGCCUGGACUUUCUCAGUCCUGGAUUCUGAAUCCAUUUUGCCUUUUAACAGACCCUCAGGGAGAAUAGAGAGUUCAAGGUUCCAUCACAACCCUGCUUCCUGCACCCAGGCAGGAGCCUGGGGGACAUCAUAAGACUGGGGCUCCUUUUGGGAGGGGCCAGUGUACUUUCCCAACAGGAAGAGUGUUAAAUAGGCAGUCAGGACACCUUGAAGUUAGAUGUCUCAGGCUCAUCUGACAGGUGGCCAAGGCCAAGUCUGGCUGCCCAUGGGCAACAGGGAGGAAACAGACUGACCAAGGGCGUGGCACCAGACAGUGGCAUUUCUCUGGGCCUCACCAGAGGCUGCAAGUGAAAGUCACUUGGAAGAGAUCAGGAAGGUGGCUGGACAACUCCCGUUCAUUUGGGUCAUGAAAACUUUUUUUUUUUUUUUGGCUGCGUUGGGUCUUUGUUGCUGCGCGCGGGCUUUCUCUAGUUGAGGCGAGCAGGGGGUAUUCUUCGUUGAGGUGCGUGGGCUUCUCAUUGUGGUGGCUUCUUUUGUUGCAGAGCAUGUGCUCUAGGGCACAGGCUCAGUAGUUGUGGCGCUCGGGCUUAGUUGCUGUGCGGCAUGUGGGAUCUUCCCGGACCAGGGCUCGAACCCGUGUCCGCUGCAUUGGCAGGCGGAUGCUUAACCACUGCACCACCAGGGAGGCCCUGGGUUAUGAAAACUUUUAACUUCUUUACAGUAUACCUAAAGCAAAGUGUACAAAUCCUAAGUAUAUAGUUUGAUAAACUCACAGAAAGAACAGGAAACAGAAUAUAACCAGACCCCCAGAAACCCUACCAUGCCCCCCUUCUAGUCACUAUGCCUCCCAAGGGUAACCACCAUCCUGACUUGUAACCCUGUGGAUUGAAUUUGCCUCUUUGGGGACUUUAUAUAAAUGGAAUCACACAGCAUGUAUGCUUGUGUGGCCUCUUUCACUCAACAUUGUCUGUGAGAUUUAUUCAGCUUUUUGUGUGUCGCUGUGGUUCAUUUGUUCUCAUUGCUGUUGAGUGUUUCACUGUGUGCAUCCUUUUUUACCAAUCCUUCUAUGGUGGGCAUUUGGGUGGUCUAGAGUCUUUUUUUUCAUAGCACUGAGGUGAACAUGCAGGGACAUGUCUUUCAGAGAACAUGUGACAGGUUUCUGUGGGUGUCCACCCAGGAGCGGAAUUGCUGGCUCAUAGAGCACUGAAUGCUAAAUUUAGGAGUCACUGCCAACCAGCUGCCAGAGUGGGUGUCCUCAAUUACCUCCUCCGAGUCUGAGUGUGAUACAUCUUUGGCAGCACUUAGGAUGUGUGGGUGUUUCAUUUCAGCCAUUCUGGGGUGUGUAGAGUGCUUUCUCUUUGUGAUUUUAAUUAAUAUUUUCCUGACAUGUAAUGAAAAGACUGCAUCUUUUCACAUGUCUCGUGGCCAUUUAGAUUUUAUCCUCUUAGGUGAUUCAAGUCCUUCUCUAUUGGCUGGUCUGCCAAUAGAAGUGGUUAACCUCUUAGCGGUUAGGAUUCCAGGCUUUCCAUGCUGUGGCCGGGGUUCAAUCCCUGGUGUGGGAAUUGAGAUCCCACAAGCCACGCUGUGCAGCCCCCAAAAAAUAGUCCUCCUAUUCCUUUGAGGAAUAGGAGAACUAAAGUUGGAGGUGGAAAGAUGGACUUCUGUCUUGCAAUUUACCCCCUUCUAUGUAGUCUAAAUGAUUCCCCCCAUGUGCAUGUUAUUCUUCUAACUUAAAGGAAGAAAACCUAAUUAGGUCAGCCUGGUUGCUGUGGAGGAUGGUUGGAAGGGGUCAAGUAUAAAUGUUUUCAGAAAUUCAUCCCUUAAUGAGCCCAAGGAACCUUAUUUUUCCCAUCAAUUCACGUAUCAGUGGAUGAAUAUUAAUUCUUACUGCAGUGAAUCAGGUUUCAACAUCAACUCUAGGCUUACGUUGCAUUUACAAGUGACCACAAUGCUGAUAAUCCUUGUUCACAUGAGUAAGUGAUUAGAGAAGGAAGGAGUUGGCGUUGGAGCAGGCGCUGCAGCCCUGAGCUCCGUCCAAAGCCCCAAACCCCACAGUGAACACACGUCAGGACGGAGCGCAGCACCGUCGGCCCCACCUUCGGGGAGAGGGAAGGAGCCUGGCAGUGUACCACUGGGCCGAGAUGCGAGCCAAGAUGCGCCUCAUGGGCUUCAAUGCUGAAGCCGUCAAGCCGCUGAACGAGGCGGCGGCCGCCGAGCUGGGCGCCGAGCUGCUGGGCGAGGCCACCGUCUUCAUCGUGGGCGGCGGCUGCCUGGUGCUGGAGUACUGGCGCCACCAGGCGUAUCAGCGUCGCAAGGAGGGGGAGCAGCGCGCCGCCUGGGACGCGAUGCGGGACGAGGGGGGCCGCCUGGCGCUGGCGUUGGAGGCCCUGCAGGCGCAGGUACAGGCGGCGCCGCCGCGGGGCGCCCUGGAGGAGCUGCAGGCACAGAUGCAAGAGUUGCGCGCCCAGCUCUGCGCCCUGGACCCGCCGCCCGCGCCCCAGGCAGAGCCCACGCCCGAGGAGUAGGGGGCCGCAGGGCCCUGGUCUCAGACGUGACUGAUGCCUGGGCUGCCAUGUCUGUCCCCACUGUCCCUUCCUGAACCGGCCCAGCUAAUAGCACCAGGUCCCUUUAGAGUCAGAAGGGAUCUUGGACUGGGGCUGAUCCAACCAGGCUUCUGGUCACCUCCCUACUAACCUGCCCAGUGAGGGGUACCUUCCACUGGGACACCCCCAUCCACCGGUGGAACGUUCCAGCCCGACCCCCAUCGCCCCACCGCAUCCACUGGUUUAGCACUUUGGAAUGGAAAAGCAGUGUCUUCCACUGGAGCCCACCCACGCACCAACAGGAGGGCCAGCAGGGCACAUGGACCAUUUAAUUUUGUCACUCAUACCUCCAACUUACCUGAGGAGUGGUCCUUUCCCUGGGAUCCUCAUCCAUUACACCAGGACACCUCAUCCCACUUCUUCACUGGUACCGACCAUUGUAGUGAAAAUAUAGAAACCUCUGAUGGACUUCCCUACCCCUUGACCUUCCAUCUACCUCACUCUUCUGGGGGGGCAGGGAAUAGGAUGGAUCUUGGUGGGCAUUAGCUCCAGUGGGUCUCCCUGUGGCUCUUCUAGUCCACCACUGGUGCCUUGACUGGGGUCCUCCCCUCUUUAAGUGGAUCAUUCCAACAGAUCCCUCCACCCUUUCCUCCAUCCAAAUCUCCUCUUCAGAGUACUCAGGGAUUCCCCCUUACUUCUUGCCUUUGAACUGGACACCCAGUGUCCACCCCCGUCCUUCAUGCAAAGGCUUCCUCCACCUGCCCCCUCAGCCCUGAAGUUCACCACCUCCAACCAAAUGGAAUAAUUCCACCAGGUAGUGUUAAGUGUUACCUACCUCACCUAUCCCCUGCCAACCCAUUGAACCAUUAAAGGGGAUGUGUUAUGAGCUCUGUUAUUUCUGAAUUCUAUUUUUUUUUAGACUGUAAAUGUUGUAUAAUUUAAGGAGCUCUGGGGGAAAGUCAUCUUGAGAAUGUGUCUGAGAACCACGAUGUACGUCUGCAAAAUGGGUGGCCAGGCUCACUAAAAUUAGAGGCUGGGAGGGAUCUGGUGGGAAGGGGCCAGUGUCAUCCUUUGAGCCCUUUCCCAGAUGGGGAAACUGAGGCCCAGGGGAAGCAAAGGGUCUUGUCCAAGGGCACGCGGUCAAUGAGGGACUGCCCCUGGCUUUCUCUAGGGUGGUGAAGUGGUUGGGGCAGGGUGGGAAGGAGUGAGGAAGCUGCCUGGUGAGGGGCACAGAGAGGAAGGGAGGCAGGAAGGCCGAGAGGGGCCAGAGGCCACCCUAGCUGCAGGAGUCUGAGGGCAGGUUCGGGUGGGAAGAAGGAAGGUGAGGGGAAGGCAGAUUACUGGGGGAGGAAGGGACACGCCCCCAUCCUCAUGAGAGCAGCCCUUCAAAUCACUCCAGAAAUCUUAGCAUUUAUAAAAACUGGCAGAUUUAUUCCACAGGGGCCCAUUUUCAAGAAGCUAAAGGUGAAGGUGGGAGAGGGGAGGUUUCCUCCCCUUUUCCUUUCCCCCUCAUCUUUUUUUCCCCAGGGGGUAAAAAUGGCCUGGACCCCAAAACCUACCAAAAUAAAAAACCAAAAAACUGAGGUUCUAAAAAGUUACAGCAUCUUAAUUCCUCAUAGAAAAGGGGAAGGAGCCAGAGGGAAGGGAGGUCCCUGGGGUGGGGGGAGCUGCCCCCAGCCUGAUGGGACAACCCCCCUUAAAUAGCUGUCCCAAGUGGGACAAGCCAGGGGCACAGCAUUUAAAAACUCCCCACAUCCCAUUUUAUCAAAACCAAAGAGAAAAAACAUUUCCUCCCCCCCAAACCUAAAUAUAUAUAUAUACUUUUUUUUCUUAAAAAACAAAACUUCAAAGGCAUUAAGCGUUAAAGUGAAUCUAGAACAAGGGAAUGUGAAAUUCCCUCCUUCCUUCCCCCUUACUGUGGGGUUAAUUGGUACAUCCCCAGCAGAGGAACCAGCCCCAAGAGGAUGGCAGAGGGGAAGGACCAAAGGGAGCAAAGGGUGGGGGCCUCCCCAGCCAAUCAGCAGCCAGUAUGGGUGUGGGCAUGGUGCCAGGGAAGCCACACCCCCUUGGAAUUUUCCAAGUGAGAUAGGGAGUGGGGAAGACGCAUUCCUGUGUAGUCUUCAGCCAAUUCCAAGUCAAGUUGAGGCAGGGAAAGCAGGGUGACAGGCGGAGGGCGUGUGCGGAAAGGAGAAACUGGAUCUUCUGGGGCCCUGUGGUCAGGGGGAGCCCCGCUUCCUCAGCUCCUGGACAAAGGCUGGAAGGAAACUGGGCAGAGGUCAGGGGCACAGCUUCUUCCCCCUUCCCUUCCAAAACAGGGCUUUCCAAGGGACAUGAUGCCUCCAAAAUAAAUAAAUGUUUAAAAUAAAAAACCACCUCACCUUCAAUUAUUUCCUCUUUCAUUUUCUGCAGUUCCUUCCUCACCUCUUCCAGAAGCUCCUGAAAAUGAUGGGGUACCAAUCAGGAAGGGUACUUGGACUUGCAAAAGUGAAUCCCCCCUUUCUUAAUGACUGAGGGGCCAGAAGGAGGAGGUUCAAGACCCCUAUUACACACACACCAUGACAUCACUGGCAAGGCCACAAAGUGAGAAUUCUAGGGGAGAAUUCUGGAUCCUUGGAGCCAGAAGGAAAGUACUGGAGAACAUCCAGUACCAAGGCUGGCAAAUACAUUGCAGUCUCCUGCCACCUCCAGUUGGUGAUAAAUGUCUGGGGCCAGUGUACUGAGAAGGAUUCUGGGUACUCAACAGAAGUGAGUCCAGUGAUAAGAUUAGUAAGGUCUGUCAUGGGCACUGGAUAAGGUGGUUAUGGUGUCUGUGUCAUCCCUGACAUGAUCCAAUCUCUCUCCAUUUCUCAGACUGGAAAACUGAGGUUCCCAAGGCCUUUUCUAGAAUCACAUGGCAGGUCAGUGGCAGAGUCUGGACCCAGAUCUCCUUUCUAUCCCCCGGACCUCACUCCCAGUCCUUUCCCCAAGCUACCUGUUUCACCCUCUCCAGGUCUGACUCAUCACUGGAGCUGGGCGUAGAGGGUUGGGCCUCGGAAGUGGUCACUGAAGAUGACUUCAUCCUGGGAGAGUUGGUGUGGUUUGGGGCGGAAAUGAGGUUAGAGAGAGGGUCUGCCUCCCCUGCCUCCCAUUCCAGGGGUCACACAGUGUUCCUCCCUACAAAUUUGGCAAAUUCAACUAUUUUGGGGGGUGGGGCCCCAGUAUUGAUGGCCCACCUUGGCAAGGUUGUGCUGUUCUUCUCCCAGGGUCUCCGCACAGAUUCUAGGGGACAGGCAAUAAAUCAAAAACAUCAGGGACAAGGAAUGCCCUGCCUCAAUCUUUCUCCCCGAGCCUCAUCAGCCCCUGUUCAAAGAACCAUCUCAGGAGACUACAAUCCCCAGCACUGUUUGUACAGACUCUCCCAUCGAGGUGCGUUAUAUGUGAGAAGCGGGCAUCCUGGGACUUGUAGUUCCUGUGACUAGACUGGGCUCUCACUCACCACUGUGGGCUGGGACUCUGGCCUCUGGCUCCUCCUGCUGGUGGGAAAUAAAACUGUCAUGAGCCAAGGGCUUCCCUGGUGGCGCAGUGGUUAAGAAUCCACCUGCCAAUGCAGGGGACACGGGUUUGAGCCCUGGUCCGGGAAGAUCCCACGUGCCACGGAGCAACUAGGCCAGUGUGCCCCAACUACUGAGCCUGCACUCUAGAGCCCGCGAGCCACAGCUACUGAGCCCAUGACCCACAACUACUGAAGCCCGCGCGCCUAGAGCCCGUUCUCCACAACAAGAGAAGCCACGGCAAUGAGAAGCCUGCACACCGCAACCAAGAGUAGCCCCCGCUCGGCACAACUAGAGAAAGCCCGCGCGCAGCAACGAAGACCCAAUGCAGCCAAACAUAAAUAAAUUUAAUAAAUUAAAAAAAAAAAAAGAAA